ACUCCUCACCGCAUCUCAUGCUUUAACUUCAAUUCCCAUAACACCAUGUUUUCAACCGGAUGUAAUUCAUCUAUAGCCUGGAAGCAAAAUCACGCUACAGCGUUGCUGUUUUGAAUGAUUGGAGUGUUGAUCUCAAUGCUUUGGCAGAAGUUUUCAGAAUGAACCCAUUGACCAAAGUGAAGCUGAUAAAUGAAUUGAACGAGAGGGAAGCGAGUCUUGGUGUGAAGGAAUCGGUGUCAUGGCAUACAGAGUACAAAGACAGCGCCUGGAUAUUCGUAGGUGGCUUUCCUUAUGAGCUGACAGAGGGGGAUCUGGUCUGUGUUUUCUCACAGUAUGGGGAAGUUGUCAAUAUUAACCUUGUACGUGACAAGAAGACCGGGAAGUCAAAGGGGUUUUGUUUCAUCUGUUAUGAGGACCAGAGGAGUACUAUCCUAUCUGUGGACAACUUCAAUGGCAUAAAGAUCAAAGGACGGACCAUCCGAGUGGACCAUGUAGCCAACUACCGUCCUCCCAAAGACUCGGAUGACAUUGACGAUGUCACAAAAACCUUGCGUGAGCAGGGGUGCGCCCCAAAGUUGUCUUCGUCUGAGUCAGAAGAAGAGGAUGACUAUGCUGUGCCCAUGAAGAAGCCGAAGAAAGAUAAGAAAGAGAAGAAGAAAAAGAAGAAGGAGAAAAAGGAGGAAAAGAAGAAGAAGAAGGCGGCGGCGGCGGCGACCAUCACAGAGGACCGAAGAUCCGAUGGGAGCCAGUCCUCUCUGUCCCCGUCUGUGCAUGUGAAGAAAGAGAAAACGGACGCCGGGUACGAGAAAUACAACAAGAAGGGGCCAAUGGACACUCGACCGCCCAGAGGAGAGAGAGCGGAACCAGGCACUCACAGUGCCAGAGAGAGGGAGAGGGAGAGGGAGAGGCAGGAGGAGGGAUCUUCCAGGGACUGGCACACCAAUGACCACGGCAGAGACAGAGAGAGGGAAAGGCUGAAGGAGGAAGACGGGAGAAAAGACUGGACGAGAGACGCUCGAGACGCUCGAGGCGCUCGG